AACACUUGAUAAAUUCGACUAUCGUUGGAAAACCUAUCGUAAUUUAUGGAAGAACCGUACGAUUGAUGAAAUCAAACAGUUGACCCUGGGCAAUUUGGACGUACUUUAUUCAAUGAUGGAACUACAGUCAAUGAAAUACCGGUUCCAAGGCCUGGACUAUAUCGACCAAUUUUAUCAACGAUUUAUCCAUAAAUCCCGUACACUGGUACCCCUGGCCUGGCAACUGUUGGACAUACAGAAGCCCAAUGCUGCUGAUAAUACUGUAGAUAACCGGCAUCUAAACUAUUGUAUGAUGGGCGUAUCAUUUUCCGAAUAUAGAUACCUGGGUCAAAAAUUGGAUAUCAAACGUAAAAAUGCUGUACAAGUAGUUAGGGGUACGGAACAGGAGCUGAAUCGGGAACUGAUGGGACUACAGAAGCAAUUGUUGGCUAAUAUUUUAUGGGCAUCCGAUUAUAUCCGUCAUAAAGGCGACUCGUUUUGGGGAUCAUUACAUAUUCAGUUUCACGAAAUGAUGCAAGAUGAAUUCAAUUUGAUUAACAAUGAUCUAGCUGAAAUACCAAGUGGCGAUAUUAAAACUAAAACAAUACAAGUGCUUAUUGAAGAUUUAAGCUUACUGUUAAUCUAGUUUAUUAUUAUUAUUAUUAUU